UUUUGUAAAUGUCAAACUAUAUUUUGAAGAUUUAGAAAUCGAAAAGUAAAAAUUUGAAUUUUACAAAAUAAAUAAAAAUGUUAAUUCGACAGUACGUUAAAAUUGCACGUGCUUCAAAAUCGCUGUUGCACAACAAUUAUAAGCUGGAUAGAAAACAUUUAAUGAGUUCUGGUUUAUAUAAUUCUUGUAAUCUUCGAGCUACUAGAUCGAUAGCAACGUAUUCACAUUUAAGUUAUGCUGAAAAAGUUUUAGAAGUACGAAAUUCCCCUAAAAUAUCGCAAGACCCGUUAGAAGAUAAAGUCAAAAACCCGGCAGUAUCUUCGGAGGAAGUGCUUGAAAAAUAUAUCGCAGCACUAAACACAGACAUAUACCAGAAGAACAGAGUGUAUAAAAAUGAUUUAGUGAGAGUACUGACUAAAGUGAAAGAAUUGAACUUUUCAACAAAGAAGCAAGGUUUACUAUUAAUUCGAUGCUGCAGUGAUUUGUUACCCGAUGAAUCUGCGUCGAGCAGGAUGCAGUUGCUCGAACAAGUGUGGUCUACAUUACAGACCCACACAAAGUUUGAAGUGGAACAUUUCAAUGAACUACUGAAAGUCUACAUAGCGAAUAACAGAACUAUCACAGUGAGCAACUUUAUGAGUCAGAUGGCACCAGCAAAGCCCACUAUCACAACAUAUGAACUGAUACUAAGAGCCCUCGGAGAGGCUGGUGACAUAAACCAGGCUACAGAGGUGAUAUCCAACAUGAAGGCGCAAGGACUUCCGGCUACUGAAAGUAUAUUCAAUUCUCUUAUUGUAUGUCAAGGAAAGGCAGGUAACAUUCAGAACAUCAAGGAAGUCCUGACUAUGAUGAAGUCUCUCAACGUUAAUCCUACAAUAGACACAUACACAGCUACUGCCAGAGCUCUAGCAUGGAAUAAGCAGACCAAUGCCGUCUUAGAAGAAAUGGAUGCCGCAAUAAUGAAUAGAAUGCAAUUUACUGAAGCACACAUCAUGGAUAUUGUUAAGACUUUGGCCUUCGCUGGAUUGUAUCAACCAAUACCUAAGGUCUUAAAAUACUUGCCACAGGAAAUAUUGACAACCCCAUCAAUUACUCCACUGAUGCAGAGUGUGACCACUCUACUUGUGUUCCAAAAUCAUCCACUAGCUGCUUUGGAGAUAUACAAAUGUUUGCCCUUACCCUCUUUUGGACCUAAAGAUGAUCAGGGCUUGCAUGGCAGGAGUUUGGUUCGAGACUGUGUUAAAGCUUCUAUGCCUUCAAGCAUAAUAGGCCUUAUAACUCAAGACCUAAUGUCCUCAGGCCGUAAUCCGAUAGCCUUGCAGAAUGCUUGCGAAGCUGCCCUGCAGUUGGGGAAGGUGCCUCUAGCUUUGGACUUAAUGACUAGAAUGAAACAACUUGGAAUUACACUCAGAGCACAUUAUUUCUGGCCCAUUUUACUACAUAGCUCCAAGUCUUAUGGCGAAAAGGGUAUAAUGAACACUCUAACAACGAUGGUACAAAUGGACGUCAAGCCGGACUACGAUACGAUACUGGACUACACAUUACCUUACGUCAGCUUCAACUCGCCACAGAAUUUAAUGAAGAAGUUUAUAGAGACUGGGCUGUCAGUAACAAAUGUUUUGACGCCAAUGAUGCAAACGUUGUUGACUACGGGGCAAGUUAGAGCGGCUAGUGAAUUGUGUGAACUAUUCCAAGGCAAAGUAGACACAGAAAAGCUGUUGAAGCCUCUCUUAAAAGGCUACCUGAUCAGUACUGAUGUGACUGCGACCAUACAUACCUUGGAAGACAUAUCAGCCAGGUCUAUAGAGAAGAAUAAGGACUGGGUCGGUCGGUUCCUGUGCAAGCUUAUGGUACAUCCGAAAAUAAAGGGCGACAUCAGUGAUGUUUUGAAUCUGUUAAAGGGUCUAGAGAAAAGUACACUAAAAAUAUCCACGGUAGCGGCAGACUUCUGCAUAUCUCGCUAUCCAGAUAAGUAUGGGCUGCAGGCAAUGGAAGACUUUCGAGAUAAAAUAAUCGCGGUGACUGAUGAACGACUUCAAGAUGACGGCGAUAUAUUUGAUCAACAAUUGCCGCACCCGAAACAAAUGAACGAGGAGGACUUACGCGCUCACCUGUCAGAGUUGGAGGCUAAGGGUAUGAACACGAGGGGUACCCUCAGGAAGCUACUGCAACAGUACUGUAGAGACGGGAACCUGCACGCCGCCAGGGAAAUUGCUGAUAAAUGCCAGAGAGAAGGGGUAUUCCUAUCAGCCGGUAUGAAGGCAGCAAUAUUCGACCUUCACGUCAAACUAGGUGAGCUGGACCUCGCAGAGAUGGCGCUAGCGGACCUCAACAAGACCUCACCUAACUUCACGCUCGACGAGUACAAAGUUAUAGACUUUGCUACCCUCAUGGUGUAUAGGAACAAGAUUGGACAGGCAUUCGAUUUGAUCACUCAGCAGUCUAAAAAGAGGAAUGUAAUAGGUGGCCGAGGAAUAGCAAUGAAUUGUUGGCGCUUGCUCGACGCGACGGCAGCCCAAGGCACACACAUAGAAGUUAGGAAAAUGUUCGAACUACUCGUCACUAACAAAUACUGCAAGCCAAGCAACAUCAUGCUGGGACCACUAAUACGAGUGCAUUUGAAAAACGACAAUAUACAAGAAGCAGUGAACGAGUUUGUAUCCCUAGCGAACAAAUACAACAAAACUCCUUUGAAACACGAGUUACUAUGUAAAAUACUAGAUACUAUGAGUGAUGGCCAGUCAGAAGAGAACUUCUUGACCAAUGAGAAGAGCAAUGGGAGGCUCAACAAGUUGGCUCAGAUUGUACUGAAUAUUGACAGGAAGGUGCAUGGGGCGGGUGAUGUACAGCUAACAAUAAUAGCAGCAUUAGCAGAAGUGGGCUACAAGAAGACGCUUCGCAAGCUAUUCCUUGACCCUACAAUAAAGAUUCACCCGGAUGCCAUACUGCGUCGCUGUGAGCGGUUCGCAGACGAGAAGAAAGUUAAAGCUUUGGAGGUUAUUGCUGAAUGCGCGAGGGAUUUGAGACGGGUCGACGUUAUAGAACUGUAUGACUUAAUGCUGGAUGUUCAUCAACGCGAAGACAACUGCUCAGAAGCAAUUGCAUUAUGGACGAGAAUGCAAGAACAGGACAUCACACCGUCACAGAAAUUCGUACACACACUUAUAACUAUGAUUAAGGCGAAUAAUAGAGACAUCCCGAUAGGACUCGCCAUGUUACAUAACAAAGAAAAGAAGAAUGCUUUAAAAGACUGAGGUUUUUAGUGUGUAAAGUAAAUCAAUAUAUGUUGUUGCAAUGUCUGAAGGUAAUUCUAAAUGCCAAUAGGCAAUAUAAUGGUUGGCAACACUAACAUUGCUACCAGGUAAUGUUGCCAACAUUUUUCUGUACAAUGUGGUCGGCAAAAAUUGCAAUUAUUCUGGUCAUAUUUUAGUAUAACUAUGUGUUUCUAUACAUGAUAGCCGGUAUGAUAGCGCAAUAGGAGUCCCUGUUUGUUUUCUCACCAGAUAGAAAAGAUAUCUGUAUAUACCAGUAGGUUAUAUCUACCCAAAUUGAUUCUAUGGUCGACUAUUUUAGCUUAGCUGAUUGUAACGUUGAUUUGCAAUAUUUUCUUUAAACAAAUCAAUGUAAUUUGAAUUCAAUGACGUCGUUAUACAGUCGUAUUUCCCUUAAAACUGUUUAGUUUACAAUUUACCGUUAAGUGUAGCUUUAUUUUAGUUAGAAAAUUAUCUAGUUUUAUUAUACAAUAUUUGAAUUCAUCUGUGAUAUUAAAUUAUUGAAGUAAUAAACUAAUUAAUGUUGUUAA